ACUAAUUUCCUGUCCUUGCAUUGCUUUGUAUUUCUCUCAUUGACGAUUGUGUGUUAGGAGCACACUAGUCAGCUUUCCACGUCGAGUUUGCGGAUAUUUUGCUGUAUAUCUUACAAAUUGCGUUUCUGAUUCCGCCCGGACAUUCAAAGGGGACCGCUGAGAUAAAAAUGUAAUGGAUUAAUUAUUCCUAAGCAUCGCCAUGUCAUCCCUACUUCCUUCUGCCAGGUGUUAAAGGUGGGAAACAGCAUAUUAAGGUGUGUCAGAAAUGAAUGUAUUCAUAAACAGUUUGCCCGCUGAGGUUUGAAGAAAUAACAGAAGAAAACGGGGAGGAAACGUCGUAGGCACAGAUGUUGUCGCUUGACAGGUAAAGUACGAAUAAAAUUAAAACUAUUUAAUCCAAUUUAGUCAAUGGAAAGUCAGAAGAGUAAAGCCAUUGACCCUGUAGAUGGUUGUCACAUCAUAUGGUCAUUUCACACCUGCAUAAUUCUCUGUCUCCACAGACAGCAGUCAUGUCCAUUGAAUACACCAUUGACAUCCAGCUAACUGAGCUGGGAUUUCUUUCGGACGCCCCACACCCGCGAGCCACCUCGAUCAGGGAGGCACCUUGCUGCUCCACAUCACCUGAUGACUCAUCCUCACCCAGUCACCCUCCCACUACAGGUUCAGCCACACUCAAACAAAGGUUACAGGUGACUGGCGAUCAGUCUGAUGCUGCUGUCAAACAGGCUAAAAGCUCUGAGCAGAGUGCGGUGGAUUUGACAUCACCUCUGGUCGAAGCUGCACCUUCAAGUCUACAAGCUGAGGAAGAUGGAGAGCUUCAUGACCUGCCUGCGCCCACGUUAAAUGAUCCGAGUCCUGGGCCAGAACAGCUGGAACAGGAUAAAAACGAUGAGCAAAUUGUUCUCAAUGAAAAGGCUGCACAAGAGGGUUCUGCAGAGGUGAGGCAGGAUGAAGAGGAAGACUCAGGGGACAGCGAUGUUUCAGGAGUUUAUGAGGAUGAUGAGGUCUAUGAGGAGGAUGAGGAAGAGGAAGACCCAAACACUGGUAUGACUCACUAACCAUUCUCUCAUAGGCCUAAACUAUAUUAUACCUUGUGUUUCAUCCUUUCAAUGUGAUAAAUUUUGUGUCUGCUUUGUUUUAUGACAUUACUUGUUUCCCCUUGACCUCAUUUCUACAGAGUCGAGUCAGACAGGGGACUAUAGCUGCAGUGUUUGUGGUCUCCAGCUUUCCUCCAAAUUCAAACUCCAAGACCACAUGAAUCUGCACACUGGAGCCCGUCCAUACUGCUGUGCUGAAUGUGGAAAGCGCUUCUGCCAGACCAGCAGCUACCGUGCCCAUCUACGCACACACGCACAGUCUGAGGUUGAGCGCUUUCAGUGCCGUGUUUGUCGUAAGGACUUCCCAUACCAGGAGGAUUUGAAAUACCACCUGGCCAUUUCUCACUGGGAGGAUAAAUACUAUGAAUGUGACCAAUGCAAACGUGUGUUUACAUCACUUGAGGCAUGUGAAUAUCAUGUGUCGAAGCGCGAGUGCUUGCAGAAGGCAAUUUGUGAAAAAUGCGGGCGCACUUUCUCCUCUUCUAAACACCUUGCUCGCCACAAAAAGAAGAUUUGCCACUGCAGUUUUAGAUGCACAGACUGCAAAAAGACCUUCACCAAAAAGAAUGCUCUACUGAAACACAGCUUCUCUCAUCUUGGUUUGUUACCUUACACCUGCGUUCGAUGCCGCUGCCACUUCCGCCUGGCUAAGCUGUACCUCCAACACAAGUGUGAACCUGAACGCAUACACUGUGUGGCGUGUCUCAGAGAGUUCCUUAGUCAGAAAGACUUCAAGCAGCACAAGAAGGACACCGGCUGCUGGGGCAAUCAAGAGCCCAAAGGGGACGAGAUCAGGUGUUUAGAGUGUGGACAAAGAUUUGACACUUCAGAUGAGCUAAAGAAACAUGCCGGAGCUCACCAGAGGGUGCUGAAGUGUGCUGAAUGCAAUAAGGGAUUCCGGUCAGCCUUGCUCCUAAUGUCCCACAUGGGCGGUCAUGCUGGAAACUCACCAUGCCUCUGUCAAAGCUGUGGACUUGGCUUUCCCCAUCAGCAGAACUAUGACAGUCACCUGAAGACCUGUGGACGGACACCUCAGUCAAAGGUGAGAGUGUAGCAUUAUGGUAACAUACAGUAUAAUUUUUGUUGCCAUGUAAAAUUGACUCUCAGAGCAACAAUUUUCCCUCCCCAUGCAUAUCUCCCUAAAGCAAAUGGAUCCAGCAAAUAGAAAAGGGAAAAAACAACAAAUAAAGCUGUGCAAGUUAAAAUUGUGCAGCCACUAAUUUUUUUGUUUAUACAACCUCAGUUCCAUAUAGUCAGAGUGUUCUGUAAAAUGUUCAGAAAAAGAGAUUUUGAUUUUUUGUGAAUCAUUAAACCCCUAUACUUGAUUGAAAAUAAAUCAAAGGAGACAUCAGUUGAUCUGACUGUGUUUUUCCCAUUGCAACAAUGUAAUCUGACAUAAUUAUUUGCAUAGCAAUAAUUCUUAAUUGAUCUUAUCAAGAAAGAUUUUUACUUCUCUGCCCGAGUGACAACUUGGACUUCAACCAUUAGUUUCUUAAACAUGAUCAAACUGAAAUGUUUCAAGUUGUGUCAGGUGUUUUGUGUUGUUCAUUUAGUGACUUAAUAUAUUUUUUGUCAUGUUUCUUAUUUUAGAAUUCAGCCAAGAAACGCCAUAUCUCAACAAGGCUUCCAUCCAGGGCAUCACUCAACACAAAGGCAGAAUCACAGAGUCUCCAAAGCAGUAACGCAAAACCAGAAUCCUUAAGACUAAGACAGAUCCAGGCAAAACCAGCACCAUCAAAUCAAACAGACACAAAAACCUCUGCGAUACCUGAUGUUAUCUACAAAACAGUUUCUGCACAGGCGUCACAUAAUCUGGGACCUGUGUCAAAUGAUUUGUCUGCUGCUGCUAAUCCAUCCUCUGGAUUAUGGAAAUUAACCCUCGACAGACCGUUCCCUCCAGCUGCUGAACUUGUCUUGUUUCUUCCUGUCUGUGCAACACAAAGCGAUGGCCUGGCUCUUCCCUCUAUGGUACAUCAGACUCCAGCUGCCCCAGCUAUGCUGGUUCAGCCUCAAGUCGCUUUCCCACAUGUUUCACAAAAACACCUUGGAGCAGAUUCUGCCCUUAAAGCACUGCUGAAUGCCCCUCUGGAUUUGGCAACUGGGAUUAAACAGGAUCCAGAUUGUGAAUUACCCUUUGAUUUGUCCAUGAAGUCAUCUAAGUGUGCUGCGAGUGCUCCUGCUCACCUUCCUGUCAAAAGUGAGCCAGAGGAUUUCAGAAUCUCACCAGAGGCUAUUGACUUUAAAAGACAUGCGUUGGGAUACAGCAAUACAGAACCACACACCGAAGUGAAGCCCUUUAAAAAUGAUCCUUUAGAUCUGUCUGCAUCAUCUGGACUGGUAAAGGACAUUAAGAAGGAGGCAUCCUGAGAGAUUCGCUAUAAAGCAAGUGUGACAUGAUCGGGUUUUCUUAAAUCAACCUGCUAAACAAACCAAACACCUCAGUUAGCAAUAGCAGGUGUUACCACAGGGUUAUCAUGUUUCCGUUCAGCCAAGUUUGCUGCUUAAUGCCUCCUAUAAGUUCCCAAAAAAUGGGUGUCUGUAGCUUCCCCAGACUCAUCCUCCUCACAAACAGGAGUAAUUGUGUGCUGCUUCCCCUACUCAGGUAGCUAUCAAAAUCAGCAAUGGAGAUUUUAAGAUCUGAGGGCAAACAGCUAUCCUCUUGCUGCACUCAAGGCAAGAAAAGAAUGGACUAAAUUUCCAUUGUGUAAAUGAAUAAGUAAAUAUAUGUAUGUUUCCAAUACUCCUACACAGUAAGACCUCUUUAAAUUAUUUGAAUUGUACAAAAUACUGUAGGUGGUUAAGAAUGAUUGGAUCAUCUGCGAGGUACUGGAGGCCAAGAUGUAUGAGCAUAGUGCAGGCACAGCCCAGUACAGCUAGUAGGUCCAGGGUUUUAUUUUACUUACUACUUUAUUUGUAUUGCAUCAAUCUAAAUCUUUAUUCUGUUUCCAAUAUUAUCUUGACAGACUUUUUAUGCCUGUCUUUACUUCAGUGUGCUGUCUUUGGUAGAAAGUAGGGACCAAACAUCAUCAUUCAUUUGGUUUUUGUAUAAUCCUCCACAUGAAGCUAACAGGGUAAAAUGAGAGGAGGAGCAUUUCUUCAAUAUGUGAAUGCAUAUGGGUUCAUGUUACGCUAAGAAAAAACAACAGGGUGUAUUUAGUUGGGUGCUUUUUUUUUUAUUUUACAGCUUUGUGCCACAGUAUUGCUGUCAAACAAUUGAAAAUGUUUUCCAUUAACAAAUUUCCUGGGCUGAGAUCCAUGUUAACCUAAAAGAUAACCAUACCGAACUUAAACAGUAAAAUGACAGUAAGUGAAAAGUAUCUUAAACAAGCCACUAAAUCGGACCAAAUCAUUGCAGGUUUAAAAAGAUAAUGAAAAGAUAUGAAGCAGGUUAUUAUUCAGACAAAACCUCCAAUUUGUGUUAAAAAACUUUGUGUAGGGCUGAGAUAAGAUCUAAGAUAAAGCAUUUAAUUUAAAGCAACUUAGGAGCUCCCAGUGUUGUAUGUGGUCUUAAGCUCGUUACAAGCAUAAAUGGGUAUAUCAGUCUUCUUGUAUACUUAACACUCCUUAUCUUGUUUUGUGAUUCACUGUCAUUCUGAUCUAACAUGGAGGUUGACGUUUUUUUCAACCCUGCCCUCUUUUCUAUUAAAUAAAUGGCCAUGGCAUUUUCAGUUAGCGCAAAAAAGUGACAUUUUGUUAGUUACAUUGGGAAUACGUUAAAAACCUAAAAAAGGUACGGUUUAACUUGUUUGUACUGGUGGUUAUGGCAACUAAUCAUGGGGCUUUGGUUUGACGGCAGAAAGUAACACUCAGUAAUGACUGAUCAACCGUGAUACCCUUUUGUGAAGAAAGAGACAAUUUUUUGGGGGGUGUAAAAUGAUUAACUUGAACAAUGUGACAUUUGGAAAAAAAAAUAUUUUGUGCUAAGUUACUAAAUUCAAACAUUCCUAGCUCUGGUUUGCGAUUGUAUUUAUCCUGUUUGCAUCUUUGGCGAAGCUUGUGGUAAACAAAAUCUUAUAAUUGUUGAAAUGUCUAUGCAAUAUUAUACAGGAUUUCUUACAGUAUUUGAGGCUCUUUAGGUUUAUUUACUCAGUUCAAAGAAUCAAUGGAUUUAUUGGUAUUCUGCUGUAAACACAAAAUGUGGAUCCUUGUUAAAACAAGAAUCAUGAUUAUGAUCAAUAACUUGGAAUUCUCUCAUUUUGUGAGUCUUAACUGUCCGUUUAUAAUUUUCUUAUAAAUAAACAUUUGUAGUUGGUUCG